CCUAAGGAUCACGCAAGUAUUCUCUACAGAUUAGGAAAACAAUCAACAACAUUAAUAUAUUUCCUACUGAAUAUAUUCAGCAGGAUUCUGAUGUAAUUACCUUGCCAUAUAACGAGAUAAUAACUAAUUAUUAGCAAAUCAUGGAAUUCGAUUAAUAAUUCACUUUCGCAAUUGAUAAAAGUUUUAGCGAACAUCUGAAAUAUUACAAAUUAAUAUAAAAAAGUAACACACACAAAGAAGAAGAUCUCAACGUAUAACUUUGUGUUUAAGUUAUGCAUCAAGUCAUUAAGUGCGAGUGAUUUGCCUAAUUGGCAAACAAAUCCCCACAUUUCAUACUUGGAAGUGAAAGAGCAGAAAAAGUUAUAUAUAAACACCUAGCUUCCAUAUACUUGAUCUUGCCCUGUUUGGUGUUUACACAAAGUUAAAGAGGCCAUGACAAGAAAGAAGGUGAAGCUAGCAUUCAUCAGUAAUGACGCGUCGAGAAAAGCAACAUUCAAGAAAAGGAAGAAGGGUCUUAUGAAGAAGGUUGGUGAGUUGAGUACCUUAUGUGGUAUUGAUGCUUGUGCUAUCAUUUAUAGCCAAUAUGAGCCUCAGCCUGAGGUUUGGCCUAAUACUUUGGGGGUCCAACGCGUGUUAGCCCAGUUCAAGCGGAUGCCUGAGAUGGAACAAAGCAAAAAGAUGGUUAAUCAGGAGAGUUUUAUCCGUCAGAGGAUCGCGAAGGCUAAUGAACAGCUCAAGAAACAGCACAAGGAUAACAGGGAGAAGGAAAUGAUUGAGGUUAUGUACCAGUGCUUGACGGGGAAAUUGGGAUUGCAGAAUUUGAUGAUUCCUGAUUUGAAUGAUCUUGGUUGGCUGAUUGAUCAGAAGCUGAAGGAGAUUAAUAAGAGAAUUGAUCAGCUUUCACCAGCCAAGAAGAAGAGUACUGCUGCUCAGAUUAUUAACCAGGUGGCUCCUGCAGCUGGUGGGAAAGUAGUGAUGCAGCCUUUUAAUGUCAAUUGUAACAGCUCGUAUUCGAGCUCAGGCUCAGUGGCUGCAAUGAUGAAAGGUAAAGGUGUGGCUAAUUGUGUCGAGGGAGUGGAAGAAAAGGCAGCAGGGGGGGAUGUGGAGCCAAUGCAGCACCAGCAGCAGCAGCAGAGACCGCACUGGUUUAGUGAAUGGAUGAACACAAAUAAUGGUAAUAGCAGUAAUGAUCAGAUACAGAACCAGCAGCAGCAGCACCCGAAUAUGGGGUUUAGUCGCGGAGAGGAGAUGAUGAUGCCUUAUGGAGAUGCGCAGAAUGGCAUGUGGUCAAGUGCAUUUUUUCCUUAGUAUCAUAUCAGAGCAGGAAUCAAGGAGAAGCAGAGGAAUGAUAUGUUUUCUGUUUGAAAACCUAUGAAGAAUUUUUGUUUGGUUUUGAUCAUUUUUUAUCAGGUAUGUUCUUAUUUUUGUGAUGCUCCAAUAAUUUCAUUGCCUAUGGUGAUGGAUAUAACUGUCGUUUCCCAGUCAUAGACUGAAAACAUUUAUUGAUUU